AUGUCCUUUAUGUUAGUUCCAUUUGCAGUUAUCUGACCAAUAAUCUUGGCAUUAUUGUUAUUUUUGAGUCUCCCUGCCAAGAUAUUUAAAAGCGUGGUUUUGCCAGCCCCUGAAGAGCCCAUCAAAACUAGAAGUUCGCCUGGAUUGGCUUUUCCUAAAACUGCUUUUAAUAUUUGGGUUUCUUCGCCUUUGUUUUCUAUGACAUAG